AUGGUCAGACAUGUAGAAUCAGUAGUAGGUGGUCAGACAAGUAGAAUAAGUGUAGGUGGUCAGCCAAGUAGAAUAAGUGGUAUAUCCACGCCACCCUGCACGUACAUCAGGUACAGUAGCCUGGAUGACGUGAGACCGCAAGAGUUAGGAUUCCGUCAACUGGAAUUCACACCCACGGUGAUAUCGAAAAUGCGGAUUUCAGCCCCGUUUCAAAUAGUAGCGCUGAUACUAGUCCUUGCUGCCACGAUCUCAGCUUUAAUUGGACACUGUUGUUCGGAUCAUAGAACCCUGGUCGCUUGUGGAUUAUUCCUUCUCGGUGGACUCUCGUUGGGAGGUGGUCUGAUAGUACUCGCGUCAGCUUUAUCAGAUGCAUCGCUCGAACUACCUAGAAAAUAUAGUCUUCCUUCGACGUCGAGUAUGCAGACCGACGAUAACGGUUUCCCACAAUAUCAGUACGGCUGGUGUCUUCAGUUGUCGGGGCUGGCUUUGAUCUUGGCGGAAGUGGCCGCUGUUUUAACGAUAUUCGGAUACAUGGCGCGUUUUCCGACUGUCGAAGAAAUGGUAAGAGUAAUGGUUCCCGGUGCCGAAAGGAAAUUGCGAGAGCAGCGAGGUCUAAGUUCCGAGUACCUCGUCCGAGCGCACCAGAAGUCACCGGGGCCCUCUCAGACCCGAGGUUUCGGCCAGUCCUCGAAAACGUCUCAAAGAGCUCCCGAGGAAGGAACCUCAUUACUCUGCAAGACAGCGCCGGAUAUCUGCGCGUCGAACCCUCAAGCCAUCAGCUACGUCGAUAAGGCAGAUCUGUCUCACGUGUUACCGGCGUACCCGAGCUCGAAGAACCCAGACCCGCGUUACACUUUUACCGACAAGUCCGAGGCGAGCGUUAUCGACUCACGGUUAAGCGGCUUCGCCGAUAAGGAAGGUUUGAUCGAUUCGGGGAUCCUGUCGGACUCUAGGCAGAACAUGAUCGCGUUCACGGAGAGCAAGGAGCAUACUGCGGGUCUUGAACCGCGGUACUCGGACUUCUCUCCUAGGACGACGGAGCAGAACGUGGUGGACUCCAGGUUGAGCGGUUUUACCGACAAGGAGGGUCUGCUGGACUCCAGACUGAGCGCGUACGGGGAGAAAAAUGAGUCGCUGCUGGACACCCCGUUCGGAUACGACACUCGGUACAACAGUUUAGCGGGUCAGACAGUACCCAUUACUCUGAAGAACCAGAACACCUCGGUCUCAGCGAUACAAUCGCAGUACAUUUACCAGAAUUUCGGGACGAUACACUCCGGUAUCUUGAGGGUGAGCGAGCCUGGCACGAGUUCCAGCUCGAACUCCAGUCAGAGGAGCAUGACGCUACAGAAUCCUAAGCGAAAGUCGCAGAUCGCGCAGAAUACUUUCAGCACGCUGGAAUGCGAGAAGAGGAAGAGGGGACCCGGAUUGGCUGGCAAGACAGCGUUUUGCGCCGGCAGCGCUGUAUGACCACCACCUCCUCCUCCGACGCCAAGGUAACUGGAAGAGGAGGAAACGCCACUCUAAGUGGCGUACUCCUGUCGGAGGAAUUAGCGUGACAGGAAUCUGCAUUAUCGACGAUUACAGGUCUCUGUUUUAUCCACCGCGGGUGGGUGUCGAACUUUCUUUACCGACCGCGUUGUACCCACGGUCGGUAAUAUGAAUUCCUGUAAUUUUUCGCCAAAGGACAUCAAAGUUUUCAGAGUAAACAGUGUCGAAAGGGUGACAGUUUGUACAUAAAUUAAUUAAAAGUGUAUGGAAACCAGACGAGCUUGGAACGAAUUUUUCUUACGUUUCGUAGCUCCGGACACGACGUGUCGCAUAGUUCUAAAGAGGCGAUAUGUUAAUCGAUAAAGUAAGAGCGAAAGGAUAGCGUACGUAAACUUUAGGCGUAGGUUUAAGUGACAUAAUCAGCUUAUCUUAAGGAGGGUAAAAUGUAAGUUUCCUUUGUUGAUGUUACCGUGAAUAGAUCUAUCGAUUCGAUUUUUUGUUCGAUAUCGGCACAGCGUGACAGGAUUCCAGGAUAACUGUUCGUUGAUUCACUGACCUGUUUCAUUCGCGGAAAGUGAAUCCGGAUUCCGUUUUUGUGCGAAUGUUUCCUGUUUUCUAGACAGAAAAAUUGUAAAGUGGAUCAAUAGACGUCGAAACUCGCAGCUCACCGUUAAAUUUAACCUCGGCUAAUCGCGUUUUCAAGCUGCAUAAUCAAUCAAACGCAGCCAUAAGUCAAUGAGGAAUAUUAAUGUAGUCGAUAUGUUGUAAUGUACACUCGAUGCUCGGUAUAGUCACGAAUACUCGAUCGGGCGUAAACUGGUCUGACCAUUUUCGAGGAAAGAAGGGAUGUCGUGAACGAGAUAUUCGACCAGCAGUCGUUUGACGAAUCGAAUCGAAGAUUUUUCCUUUCAGAAUGAAUCGCUGCUUUCGAAACACGAUACAUAAAAACGAAAUAGACCGUCGUUAUAUUGCCACCGUUUUUCUAGAAACGCAAAAUAGACAAUAUAUUGAACUGCUUCGAAAUUGUGCCCGUAACAGGGUGGCGAUAUAACGAGAGUCCACAAAUUAUUUAACUAUUCGGUUUGUUAUUCUUUUGCGUAGUUUAUUCUGAUUUCGCUUGGCGGGAAAGUUUUUUAUUGGAUUCGUCAAUGAUGGACAUAUCAAGAACGAGAGCGUUUUUAAUUGAAUCAUUGCUACUCUUCCCCUCGUUCGUAUUUCCUAUUUCCAGCAGGGUGAUCCGCAGAGAUUGAGAAUAUUUUACGAUCUCAAAAAUCCUGCAACUUUCACUCACGAAUAUGUCGUUGUGUAUGUAACUUUGUAACUUGCGUAUAAAUAUUAGCCUAUCCGGAUUGUAGGUAAAUGUAAUAAAAUGUU